AUGGCCAUACCAGCACGGGCCACGUCAUCCGCGUUGACACCAGCACCAACAGCAAAUACCACCUUUUCCACACACGCUGUGCCAACGCCAUGCGAAGCACUGCGCACUCAACCAGCACAACCACCCCCAAAGAGCGUUCACCCCCGAAGCACGUCAGCAACUGCGAACGGCGUCGAAACGCGAAUGUGCGAUGGAGAAGGACGAGUGGAGGGAAAGGAGAGAGAUGAUGAGAAGGAUAGAGAGGAGGAAGGUGGACAGAGGAAGGAGGGAGAUGAAGAACGGAACGUGUCACCAACGACGACGUUGCUCCUUUCGCCACCACCACUUGCUGCGACGCCACCACCACCUGCUGCGAUGCCCACACCACCCGCACCACCCGUCCAACGCCAGCACACGCCAACACCAAGCGUUCGACCCAAUGACACGCCGGCAAGUGCCAAGCGACAGCAGGUCAAGGCUAUCCGUAGAUGCGAUGGAAUGGAGGAUUUCAGACCUCUGACUGUUAAUUUAGAGGGACUCUGGAACCGCAUCAAAUCAAGUGCUUGCGACCGUGAGGCAAUUGGUGGUCCACAUAUAGUUUCUAAGAAGCAAAUCAUCGAAAUUGAAUAUUAUCUCUGUCGCGGUGGUAAUUGUGAGGUGGCGCGGGUGAGGGCGGCAGGUAGCGGCGGGGUUGGGAUUGCAGAUGGUCUCUAUCCACUAGGCGACAAUGCUACACAGUUACUUCAGCAUUUACAACCUCCCGCUUCAAUGACAUCGCCAUCAGUAUCUCCAAACGGUCCAAUGAACUUAGACGCCAAUGUGGAUCAAGAAGCUGACAUGGUCCAACCGAAUGGUCAACGCAUGAAUGUUCCUACACAGUGGACUCACGGCAAGGACAUGGCCACCACGAGUAAUGUAACAGCUGAUGGGCUGAUCUCAAGUAUGGCAGCUUCCCACACGGACUCCAGGAUGUACAAUCCUGAAAGGUGGGUUGAAAGCAUUAGCUCUCAAGUUGUCGAAGCUCGGAAUUCUUUGGACAACUCGCUGCAAUCUGUAGUGAGGAGAUGCGGAGUUCUCUCUGCCAAGGAGGUUGGUGGCAACUUUCUCCUUAUGCUCAAUAAAAUUCAGCUCCUUGUCGAAACUCAAAGUACUUUACAAAAUAUUGGUGAUGUCUAUGAAGCUGAAAUUGCUAACAUGACUGGAGCACCAUCUCUGAGAACUUUCAGAGGGUUUCUUGGAAUUUGGGGAAAAUGUUAUGAAAUCCUGAUAGUGCCACUUAUAACUUCGCGCAUCAUUCCUACAAUAAAUCUACUUCACAAAAGUCUUCCUCUUGCUCUCAACAGCAUAGACUGCACUAAUCUCAAGAGUUCCGAUAGUUUUUUUGACAACAUCAAAUUCAAAGGCAUGAUGAUCUCUCCCUUGGACUCAUCCUCUGGUGCAUCAUCUGCUUCAUCAGUCACUAAUCAAGCACCAUCUCAGCGACUUUCAGCAAAAGUAAUCUACACCAAUUAUGAUCGCAACUUGCCGCAAAAUCGCAGCUUCACGAACCUUAAUCAUGAUGAAAAUGUUGCAGCGACUGCACAUGAGAGGAAACUAGCUAGUGCUGGUCAUUUAAUCACAGAUUUGGCCAUGCUUGAGUCUAAGCUGCAAGUGUUCUACCCAGAAGGAUACAAACUGCCUAGACAAUAUCUACGUAUUUCUAUGUCUGCACUUGUUGAUGGCACUGUUGACAUAUGCAACAAGGAUGGCUCUCUUAUGGCAUUCAUUUGUAGUGCGAUGCCUGCAAAUAUGAGGGAGACUUUGCAUGAGAACCUCAUAGCAUGCUUUGAUGGUGUCCCUAGUCUCACAUAUCGUACACCAGCUGAUCAUGGCCAAGCGUUUACUUGUGCUCAUUUCUCCUGGUAUAAUCGAUACGCUACACAAGGCGAAGGAGCACCUUCUGAAGUGCACCCUCACAAUCUACACAUUCAGAACACCAGUCACACAAAUUUCUCUCAAAUGAUUCCAUACCCCUCAAACAACAUGAAGGAUUUUGGACAACUUUUCACCAACUUGGUCACCGCCUUUCAAGAUUCAAUCGCCUUACUGGUUCUAACUCCACACUAUCAGUUUCAGAUGCAUCUACCAGAAGAAUACAAAGUUUUGAUCGAGAUCGUUGAUUUGUUGCCAGGAAGUCCUGGUUCACCAGUGGCUCCUUUUGUAUCUCUGGUCGUGAACAUUAAUGUUUGCACUUUGUCGCACAGAGAUGGUAAAGACAAAGAUCUUUGUUUGGUCUUAGCUCUAGGUCAAUUCACAGGCGGUGCUCUGGGUUUGAAAGAGCCAGGUCUGGUUUUGGAGCUUAGGAAUGGGGACUUCGCAAUAUUUGGCUCUGACAAAACAACUCAUUUCAACUUAGAAUAUGAGGGGAAGAGAGCUUCUUUUGUUCUACAGACGGAUAGGGAAUUUUCCAAGUGGCAAGAUGGGCGGAAUGGGUGGCAACACAAUGUAUUUCGCUCACCUCUUUCACAAACUCUUGGUUCUGCACAGUUCAGUCUGAGUCUCAGCUGCAGCCGGGCUACAUUACUCUUCUUAGUGCUGAUGAAAACACGCCCAUCAAACAAGGAUGCUCACCCUGGACUUGUGGACCAGCCUGCCAGUAGAAAAUGUACAAGGGACGAUGGUUCAGAUGAUGGGUCAGAUGUUGAACUCGUGGAAUCAGCCAAGGUAAAGGCAGCCAGAGAAAAACAACGCAUCAAGGCAAAUGAAAGGGCAGGCAAAAUGGCCAAAGUUGCAAAGGUGCAGAACGACCUUGCUGAUGAAGCUAACCUGCAAAAAAGUCAGGCACUCCGCCCUCCUGGACUGGCAAGCAAGAAAGCUGUGAGACAACCUGGAGGCAAAUCUCAAAUAUCUUCAGUCGAUGCUGAAGCUGAUGAUGAAGUAGACUCAGAUCUGAUUAUUGAUGACAGUGGAGCAGAGACCAAUAGACCUUCAAAGUCUCGUGUGAGUGCAAGGGAGGAAAUUGCAAACAGGCGCCGGCAAUCUCAAGUAAGCGAUGAUACUAAUGUACCACCAAGCAAGAAAUCCAAACAAGGGCACACAAGCAAGACUUCUUCACCUCCUGGAAUUACAAGUGGCACACUUCCAAAUUGGCGCUCAAUAGUUGAAGAUGAAGUUCCCAAUGCAAGAGCGUCUUCAAAACCCAAGUCUUCUGCUUUAGGCAUGAUAUCGGAAUCACAAUCAAAUAACCAGCGCAUUCAACCUUAUAGCAGUAUAUUUGAUGAUAUAGAUGACAACAACAUUCCUCCGCCUCCAAACCAAUUGCAGAACCAGAAGUCAACUGCUAUCAUAACUCAAUCAUCAUGUAGUGACCUCGUAAACUUAGAGCAAAUAUUGGCAGACCUCACCACUCUCAAUAAUCUGCAAAAAAAUAGCUCAGGUAGGGAGGGAGACCGUAUAGAAGAUGAUAUAGAAGAUGUUCAGGAACCUAGCCCACUGGAUGCUCCAAUGAAGGCUCGUAAUGAGUUAGACUCUACGGAAGAAGAUUCAGACACAUUUAAGCAGAAGAAGGACUAUUCAGACGACGACUUCUUAGAUGAAGAAGAUUCAGAUGAUGCUAAUAAGAAAAAGGUGUCUCAGAAGAAGACUAUGGCAAAGAUGCCUUCAUCACGCAACAAGGUGGCCACUAAGAAAAUCAAGUCGGCUCAUCUGAAAAGAGCAUCUGAACCUAGUACCAAGUCGUCAAUGACGAGGCAAAAACAUGUUCAUGCUAAACGUGAUGUUAAAGCAACUUCCAACAGUGUCUCUCGAUCUUUAGAUGUUCUCAAGGAGAAGCUGCCUAAAAGCUCAAGAGUCCAAGCUACUACCUCAGAAAAAAGACAACGUACAUUCAAAGAUGAAGAUCUUCCUAGAUGUGCAUCGCUUGCCACCUUCAAAGCAAGAGCAAUUCCGAUGUGGAUUAACUUCAUAGGGUGCUUGGAUAAUCCUUGGGAUUUGAUUCCACAUCUUUCUUCAGCUCAGGAGCUCUGGGACAAACUCUUCAUCAAUUCAACGCACCAGUUGACCAAAAAGAAUGAACCAGUCUGGUAUCUGCUCAAACAACGAACAUAUGAUUUUCGCAAAACCCUUGCAAAGCAGUCUGAGCUUGCCGUUAUCGACUUUUUCACUAAUCAUGAAAAUUUUGAUGAGCCUGAUGAUAUUGCAGAUUGGGUUGCUUGGGCUGUUCCUGAACCAAAGGAAGAAGUUAGAGAUGAUGGACAACGAAUACUCGUAAAUCCACCUAUCUAUCCCUUUAUGUGGCAUUCAGUUGAUGAUACUGACUCUCAGCACAUUGUGAAAGAGGGUCCAUUUCUCACAGACGUCAUACUCAAUACUUUCGCAUAUUACCUGGAGGUCAUCGAUCAACUUCCCCUGCAGAGUAGGAUGAAGGGCAAGCCAUGUGGCGCCCUUGCAUUGACUGUUGUAGCGAGUGAAUGCACAUUUAGACAGUGGUCAACAGGUGAAUGUGUGCAACCAGACAGCAAGACAGGUGAUGCGUUCUCAGAGACACAGUGGGGAUACGCAACUCAAGAGGUGAUGGAGUCUAUCGACUAUCUUUCUGACAAGAGAUGGAAGAAGAUUUUGGAAUUAGCAGAGCCCUUCAAAGGACGCUAUCAAGCUAAGGCACGAUCAAGAGGAGCCAUAACUCUGAGGGCAACUGGAACAUCUGGACGUGCAGCAUGUUUUGCUUCGGAUACUGAAUCUGAGAGUGACGCAACUUGA